GAUGGUUUACUUGGUCCUGCCUUAGCCCAGGAGACUGGACUAGAUGACGCUUUGAGGCCCCUCCCUGCCCUACAUUUCUAUAAUUCUAUGAAAUGCAAGUGAGAAAUUAAAAGAUCUUAUGUUAUGCUUAGGUAGUUUUAUUUUUGGCAUGUAUAACCUUGCAAUUCCAAUUGUGAAUGCAAAGUCAGACUAACCUCCAUACAAUUGGAGUAUUAAUUACAUUCAACAAGGAAUUUUGGGGUUAUUUAUUGGAACUAUCCCUUUAUGUUUUGCUUCUGUAAAGUUUAGUUUAAGGUAAACAUCUUCCAGGCAAAAGAAACAGUGAAAAAGCAAGAGCACCAGCUACACUUCUGGGUGUGCGGCCAAAAGUUGGUUGUACUCUAAAAGAGGCACUAAGGCCUGGUCUCUACUUAAAACUUAUGCCGGCGUCGGUCUGUCAGUCAGGGCUGAAAAACCACACACCCUCAGUAACGUGGCUAUGCUGACAAAACCCCCAGUGUGAACACAGCUAUGCUGAAAGAAAAAUGCUGCUAGCAGCAUAGCUAAUGCUGUUCGGGGAGGUGUUCAGUUGCCAUCAGAAACACUUCUGUCAGUGUACAUUGCCUCUGCACUAGGGGGCUAUGCUGGGCUCGUAGACAUAUUGUAACUUUCCUGACCGUCCCUAGGAGGCUGUGGAAGUGAGAGUGACAGACCGCCUUGCUUUUAAACUAGUCAGUGUAAUCUAAAUUUCUCCCUAGCUGAAACGGGAAAUUAAAGAUUGCUGCCCACUGGCCAAUGUCUUUAAACAAAUGCACCAAGGGAAUUUGUAAAGAUUUAGUCCAUACCUUGGUUAUACUAGCAUGGUUUGGAAAUUACUACCCAUUAAGUAAGAGAUGGCUUAGGAAACAGGCACCCUUGUCCAAAUGAUCAAUGUGAAAUGUAAAAUAAAGUGUGUCCUCAGUUUUGAGGGUCAAAACUUUUUUCGAUCUAAAUGUGACAAAUACAUCUUGAACCAUGAAGCUGGACACAGGUAAAUCAUAUAUACUGUCUCUCUCAUUUAACAAGAAACAGAGAACAGAUGGUUUUCUGGGUAUUUUCAUGUUACUUCAGAGUUCAGCAUCUUCCUAUGACAAGGCUUUGUCUGACACAGAGGCCGAAGGUAACCUAACAGUUCUGAUAUGAUGAUGAGUGGAGCUCCUUAUGGGAAAAGCACUCAAUUAAAUCAAACUAGAGCUAAUCUCUCACUACCAAAAAGACAAGUACACUGGAAAAUGUAGAGCACGGGUAUAAAGCUUUGUUUGGGUCUAAAAGGGGUCUUGAAAGAGGAACAGUUAAAUCUGGAUCUGGUCGAGGUUCAAACAAAAAGAUUUUCAUUAAAUAAAAUUCUGUUAACUCAGACUCAUGAGAAAAUUGGAUACCCCUUUGAGUGAUGCCCCUCAAAUGUAGAGGGAUUAUUUUACAAGGGAAGCUCUUUGUGGAAUCGAAUGUCACUUUUCUCUCUCUUUGUACAGCACCCAAUACAAUGGAAUCCUGGCCCAUGACUAGGACUCCUGGGCUCUAGGGUAAUACCAAUAAAUAAUAAUAAUGUUAAUUAAAAAGCAUAAAAAGAGCCACCUACCUGCAGGAGUGCAAUUGUGAUCUGAUAUUCCUAGGUGCCAGGACCAGUCAAAUAAAAGGUAGAAUUGAGGUAACAUCACCUGAGUUCAGAAAGGGUUCACUAGGAAGAAAAAAGCAGCACGGGAAGGAAGAAGGUUUGGUUUAGGCAGAAGGCUACAAGGAAGAAAUACAAAAUUGAGGGAUCUCUUCUAGUCAUCAAAGGGCAGAACCCAACUGAUAUUGGUGAAAACUGGAAGAUGGAAAUGUGGGGGGACACAGAGCCCCUUUCUUGUGUGUGGCAGGCCCAUUGGCUUUCAAUAACUCUGUUUAAUAGAGAAUCUGAGAGCCACUUGUCACUGCCCCUCAGAUGCUACCUUUGUCCCUCACACAGAGCUAACAACAUCUAUGUUUCCCAGGUCUCAGUUUGUGUGAUCAGAAGAGAAGGGAUUUCUGGGACGAUGGAGCCCCUGUCCAGCUCAAGGUCUCAGAGGUUCCACCGCCCAGGACCACAACUGAGCUGUGACCUCAGAGAGAAGCUGCAGUAUUCACAGCAACUAGAUCUUCCUGCGCCCUAUUUGUUUGUUCCUUAUGAUAAGGGGAAUGAAGGAGACCAGGAUAUGGUGGCCUCGCUCCAUAGGUUCGGCUGUAUGAUGCCAGUGAUGUUUGAGGAGGUGGCCGUGUACUUCUCUGAAGAUGAAUGGGCUCUUUUAGAUGAAAAGCAGAAGGAACUGUACAGAGAUGUCAUGCAGGAGAAUUAUGAGACUCUCCUCUUGUUGGAAUUUCUGAUUGCUAAACCAGAUGUGCUAUCCCAGAUGGAGCGAGGGGAAGAGAUGUGGCUCCCAGAUCUCCAGGGCUCUGCGGAAAGGGAAAUCCCAAGAGGCACUAAGACAAGUACCAGGGCAGCAAGUGAAAACAAGGAGGAGAGUCCCCAGCAGGAAGGGGCUGUGGGAGUGAAGAUGCACAGGAUGUUCUCAGGAAGACCGCAGGGCCCUGAUGGGGCUGAUGUCAGCAAGUGUCAGGACAGAAUGGGGCGGCAGAGAGGAGACUCUCCAGGCAGGAGUAAAUCUACUCACAGCAAAAGAGGCUUGAGGAAAUCCACAGACACCAGCGCCCACCCGGUAACCCAUAUUGGGUUGACACCAAAUACCAUCAAUGAACUGGGGGAAAGAGUCAGUAACAGCUCUCUUCUUAUUCAACAUUAUCAGCAAACUAGUGCAGAAAAGAGUGCCGUCAGGUGUAGUGAGUGUGACAAAAGCUUCACUCAACAAGAAUACCUUCAGAUACAUCUGAAAAUUCACAGAAGGGAGAGACCCUAUAAAUGUAACAAAUGCAAGAAAAGAUUCAGACACAAGACAAGCCUUGUUCUUCACCGUUACACAGUCCACAAGUCAGAGAGACCCCAUAAAUGUCCAGACUGCGGCCAGCUCUUUAUUCUGAGAGAGAGAUUUAUUCAGCAUCAGAGAAUCCACAACAAAGAGGCAUCUAGAGGAUUCAACGAUGGGAUUGUGAGUGAGAACAGGGACAAGAAUCCCCAGAAGAAAGGGUCUGCGAGAGCAAAGCCAGACAUGAUGUUGUCGGGGAAACCCCAGUGCCCUGAGUGGGGAGAUGCCAGUGAGAGUAGGGGCAAGGUGAGACAGCAGCACAGAGACCCUCCAGACUCGAGACAAAGUAAAUCCACUUGCAGCAAAACAGGCUUAAGGAAAUCCAAAGACACCAGCACACAGCAUACAGACUGCAUGGGGAAGAGACCAAAUACAGACACUGAACUUGGGGAAAUUUUCAAUGACUGCUCUCUCCUGAUUAAGCAUCAUCAAACUGGUGCAGAAAAGAGUGCUUACAAGUGUAGUGAGUGUAGGAAAAGCUUCACCCAAGAAAAAUACCUUCAGAUACAUCUGAGAACUCACAAAGGAGAGAGACCUUAUAAAUGUAAAGAAUGCGGGAAAAGCUUCAGUCGGAGUUCAGUGCUCAAAGAUCACACCAUGAGUCACAGAAUGGAACAACCUUAUAAAUGUACUGAGUGUGGGAAAAGAUUCAGAGCGAAGACAAUCCUUGUAUAUCAUCGUUACAUAGUCCACAGGGUGGAGAGACCCUAUAAGUGUCCAUACUGUGGCCAGCAAUUUGUCCUAAGAGAGAGACUUGUUCAACAUCAGAGAAUCCACAAAGAAGAGGAACCUAGAGGAUUUAAUGAUGGGAUCAUGAGUGAAGAUGAAGCUAAGAAUCUCCAGCGGGAAGGGCUUGCAGGAGCAGAACCACAGAGGACAUCAUCGGGGAGACCCCGGGGUCCUGAGCAGGUAGGAGGCUGUGGAAGUCAGGGCAUGGCACGAAGGCAGCAGAGACGCCCUGCAGGCAAAAGAGGCAGUAUAUCUAAUCAACGCGAGAGAGAUUCCAAGAAAUUGAAAAGCACCAUCGCCCACCAGGGCACCAACACCGGAGCACAAACAAGCACAAAUGGUGACAAUGAGAAAAGCUUCAGUAGCAACUCAGCUCUUUCUGUGCAUCAGAAAACCCACCUGGAAGAGAAACGUUACAGCUGUGCUGAAUGUGGGAAAAGCUACCACCAGCAUGCUCACCUUCGAAGGCAUCAGAAAAACCAUACCGGAGAGAGACCCUAUGUAUGUGCAGACUGUGGAAAGAGCUUUGUGUACAGGUCAAUACUCAGUAGACAUGAAAGGACCCACAAAGAGGAGAAAAACUAUAGCUGUACUGACUGUGGGAAAAACUUCAGCGAGUACUCAUACCUUACUAUGCAUCAGAGAAUCCACAGGGAAGAGAGACCCUAUCAGUGUCCCGACUGCGACAAAAGCUUCAGGCUGCGAGGACACUUUACCAGUCACUGUAGAACCCACACAGGGGCUAAACCUUACAAAUGCACCGAAUGCGGGCAAGGCUUUGGGCGGAAAUCAACCCUGACUAAACACAUGAGGAUCCACACCGGAGAGCGGCCCUAUAAAUGUGCGCAGUGUGAUAAAAGCUUUCGUCAGAAGUUCGCCCUUUCCCAGCAUCAGUUAAUACACCAGGGAGAGAGGCCUCACAAAUGUACUGAAUGUGGGAAAAUCUUUCUUCAGAAGUCCCACCUUACCGCGCAUCAGUCUGUGCAUCGGGGAGAUAGACCUCACAAAUGUACUGACUGUGGGAAAAGCUUCAAUGACCGAUCAAAUCUCCUUAAACACUUGGCAAAUGUCCACUUAAAAAAGAAACCCCAUCCAGCAAAUGUAACUUCAGAUUAAAUAGAUCUACAAUUGUAAUGAUAGAAAAUAAUGGGCUGGUACUUUUUUGAUUCUGGUGAGACAUUUCUCCACUCAUACUUAUUCUAAAAUACAAGGUUUAAGGAGGAUGGGUUGGUAGUAUCACCUUAUUUAUGAUCAUGGGAAUGAGAUGUCGGAGGGGGACAAAGCUGAUGAAGAGAGGAACUGAUCUGUCAAUGGGUUUUGGGGAUGGUUAGUGGGAAUUUCAAGGGAGUGGAGUUGAAUUUUGGAAGCUGAGCAGCGGCGUGCCAUCUAUGGAUGCAAUGCAUGGAUUGCAUUCUCAUGUUAGCCCUGAAUAUGACUUCCUGACUGGCUGUGCCAGUGGGACGAUUCCAUCCAGCCCCUGAACACACUACAGAACAAAAUGGCAUCCUCCGCACAUUGCGAAGACACGGGUAUUUAACAUGGCACUCUACAAAUGGAUUAAAACCUGGCGAACUGAGAUGUCUCCAUCUGUAACUGUAAACAGGGAAUCCUCAUUGAGCAGGUGUGUUUCUAGUGGGGUCCUGCAGAGAUCCAUUCUUGAUCUGCUGCUAUGUAACAUUUUUAUCAGUGACCCGGAAAAAAAACAGAAAAUGAUCACUGAUAAAAUUUGCAGAUGACACAAAAAUUGGGGGAGUGGUAAAUAAUGAGGAGGACAGGUCACGGAUUCAGAGUGAACUGGAUCACUUUGCAAGCUGGGCAAAAGAAAACAAUACGCAUUUUAAUGUGGCUAAAGGUAAAUAUAUACAUGUAUGAAUAUAGGCUAUACUUAAAGGAUGGGGGAUUCUAUCCUGGGAACGUGGGACUCUGAAAAAAAAACGUGGGGUGUGGUGGAUAAUCAGCUGAAUAUGAGCUCCCAGUGCAAUGCUGUCUCCAAAAAAGCUCAUGCAAUCCUGAGAUGCAUAAACAGGAAUCUCGAGUAGGAGUAGAAAGGUUAUUUUAUCUCUGUAUUUGGUACUGAGGCAACUGUAUUUUUGUUAAACAUUUCUCAGGGUUUAUCUACUCUGGAAGUUGUACUGGUAUAAUUUUGCAAGUACGGUUAUAAUGGCAUAACUUCCUGUGAAUAAGUUUGUCAACCUGGAGAGUUACAGAGGCAUAAUUACACUGGUAUAUUUUAUGCCAGUUAAAUUCCACGUGUAGGCAAGCUCUUAGCGAGAGCAGUUUUCAAGGUAACAGGUGAACAGGAGUAAGUCAGCCUUACCCCACCCUCACAACAGCUUUCUACCAUGCACUAACUGGCUAUGGCAUUAUUGGCUAAAGAUACAGCUCACUUUCAAAGGCAUAUGGUUAAUAAUGGGAUGCCAACAAGUGCAUCUUCACCUGGAUCUUCCAUCCCUAGCAGUUCAGUCUAUUCCAAGUGGGUAGGCACACCGUGAUUUUUCUCCUGUAAGGCAAGUACCCCAACUGGGCCAGUGUAACUGGUAAUGCAAGUGCUACUCCCUCCCUGAGCUGUGCAUCCCAUAGUCCAUUGAAGGUGUCUGGAAAAAGUACUCAUAAUCCUUGGUGCAGGGACCUGCUACUUAUCCUGUAUGGAAUAGCUGCCUGAAAGGUUUCACAAUUUACUCCUAAAACACACAGUUGGGCAGAGUGCUGGGUAUGACCUGGAAAACAGAAAAUGCCCUGUUAAACUUACAACCAGUUAAGCCUGAGUGUGAUUGGUUAGCUUAUGAGACAAAGUCCCCUAAGGCUUUGCAGGUAUGCAAAAUGUAUAAAGGAUAUGUGUGACCGAUUGCUAUGCUUGCUGGUGAAAUAAGGAAUGGAGAGGUACUGAGACUGAUCUGUUUGCAGAUGUUUUAACCAUUAAUUGCAAGUCCUAAAUGUUUUGCUGGGUAAGGGAGAUGAGUGGUAUGAACAAACCAAGGAAGUAACUAGGUUGAAAACAACUGGAGUAUAUGUGACGGUAUAAACAAAUUGGAACAGACACAGGUAUUGACACUUAGAUAGGUCAGAAAAGAUUUUACGGCUUGCCUUGGGACAAGAGUCCCAUGAUGCUUUGCAGUUAACAUAAAGCUAUCUAGCAAGGAAUGGAAUUUUACAAUGCAGUAACUGAUGACAUAUUUUAUAUAAGAUAUAUUUUUGCAAUGUACUAACCGCAACAUAUUUGCAAGAUAUGUAAUGAAUAAAAAUGUCCAAAAAAGGCCAUAAACCAUGAUUAACUACUUGGUGUUGAAACACUUGGAAAAUUACAAGGAAGAGGGAACUGAGGAAAGAGCCUUAAGGGCAGGUUUACACAACGGGGCUAAGUCGACCUAAGUUAUGCAGGUGACGUACCUUCGGUGAACUUAUUGUGUCUACACCGCACUCUGUUAACGGAAGAAACUCUCCCAUCGACUUAUCUUAUACUUCUUGUUCCACUGAAGUACCAGAGUCGACGAGAGAGCAAUCGGGGGUUAAUUUAGCGGGUCUUCACUAGACCCGCUAAAUUGACCCCCGGAGGAUCGAUCGUGCACGUUGAUCCCCCGGUAAGUGGAGACAAGCUCUAAGAUAUGGGAAAGUAUGCACUAGGAGGAGGCAAUAAAUAAGGGUUGGAAUGUUGAACUAAGAGGAGUUACCAGGGUAUAACUACAACAAGAAAUCAUAAGAAAGUAAGACCAUUGGCAGACAGGAUCCAGACUGUCUGAAACUACAGAGAAGGCCUUCUACAGUUGUGAGUAAUUGUAUGUGCUGUCUUGACUGUUUAAUAAAUUCAUUCAAAGCUGACUUGUUAACCAAAUCUAAAUUUAAGAGAAGGCUAUUCAUUAAAUAUAUAAUCACAAUUAAAAUUCCUAUCCAUUAUUAGUCAUUUAUUAAUUAUUGGUUGAUUAUCAACACAAGAAAUAUGUAAACUACAGUCACUGAAAGACUGUUCUCUACACUGGUAAUGUCUGACCUUUCUGUAUUAUGCUGUUUUAUUGCUAAUCAAUAAAGUGAUUGAGCCGAGGUAUCUGAGGUCUCAUUAACUGAUGACAAACUUAACCAGCAACCAUCUCAAACCACUUACAAGAUCACAUUUCUACCUGUAAUGGGAAUGGGGCCUAAUAGUGACUGGAUUUCAUAAGGAUGGAGGACAGUGUCCCAGAAGUGUGAGGCAUUAAGGGGAAGUGACUACAGAUCAAAGAAGAUCUUUUCAUUUCUCAAUAGACUGAUUUAACAAAAGUAGCACUACUUUACACUGUUAACUCUGUGUGCUAUUAAUUAAACAUGAAUGCCCCAGUGAGGGUGGGUGUGCCUAUUAUGAAACAGUGAGUUUGUGUAUUUCUUUGGUUGUGCUGGGGACUGUUGUGACACGGUAGUUCACAACCAAAACACCCCCAUGGCUCCUAGUACUAAGGAACACAUUGCUUUUUCUCUGGAAGGUUGUGGGGGUAAAUCCCUUGUUUCUGAAGAAUUUCUAAGGGGAUCCAUUUUUGCUCAGCUGCCUGCUUCCUCCCUCUCACUGGGAAGAGCUGGGAUCUGAGCCCCGCUUCUUUUACCCGUCUGCAAAAUCAAUUCUUUCUUCUUUCAUCAACUGCCAGGGCGUUGUUCAGUCUCAAUAGCCACAUCAGAGCAGACCAGUCGUUCAGCUAGUCCUGUGUCUGACAGUGGCCAGCACUACACACUUGGUUGGAAUGUGCAGGAAACCCCGUAGUGGACAAUUAUGGGGAAAUCUGUCCCUAGCAAAAGUUUCUGCCUAAUCCUGUCAACCAGUUGUUGGUUUGUGCCCUGAAACAGAUUCCUCAUCUAUACAUUAUAUAUUAGUUCAGCUAUUGUAACUCUGGAGGUUCUCAUUAUCUCUGUUUCUAUCUGAUGCUUUUUCAGAAUUCCAUGAGUUCCAAGUCUCAGUGCGAUCUAGUGGAAAUGAUUUCCAUACGUUUAUAUAUCUAUAUUUGAGAUAAUCUGAUCUCCUGUAUAUCACAGGCUAUUACAUUUCACCCAGCUACCCAAUAACCUCUGUUUGCCUAAAGAACACCUAAAACGGCAUCCAGCCUUGAUCUGAAGACCUCAAGAGAAAGAGAAUCCACCACUUACCUCGGAAGUUUGUUCCAGUGGUUAAUCACCCUCACCUUUAAAACUUGGGAAUUUAUUCCUAAUUCAAAUUUGUUUUGCUUCAUUUUGCAGUCAUUGGCAGUGGCUCUUCCUCCAUUCCAUUAAACAGCCCUUUAGGACCCAGCAUUUUCUCCCCUUAAAGACAUUUAAAUUGUAAUCAAAUCAUCUGACCUCUGAAUCUUUUUGAGAAGCUGAACCCAUUGAGCUCUCUAAGUGUCUCACUGUGAGGUAUUUUGUCAAGCCCUGUGAUCAUUUUGUGGCUCCUCUCUGUACCCUCUCUCCAGUGUUUCAAUAUGAUUUGUAAAAUGUGACUACAAGAACUGUACACAGUAUUAUAGUAUCAGUCUUACCAAUAAAAAGCAACAGAGGGUCCUGUGGCACCUUUGAGACUAACAGAAGUAUUAGGAGCAUAAGCUUUCGUGGGUAAGAACCUCACUUCUUAACACGGCUACCCCUCUGAUACUUAGUCUCACCAAUGUGAUACACAGGAGUAAAAUCACUCUCGCCCUACUUAUUACUCCUCUGAUUACACAUCCAAACAUCACAUUAGCCCUUUUCGCCACAGGAUCACAGGGGGAGCUCAUGUUCAGAUGUCUGUCAACUGUGACCCCUAAAUCCUUUUCCGAGUCACUGCUUUCUAGGAUACAGUGGCCCAUUCUGCAGCCAAGGCCAGCAUUCUUAGUUCUUAGGUGGAUGACCUUGUGUUAGACCCGCAAUAGAGGUCUCCCUACGGGAUGGGGAGCAAGUAGAUACCGGACACAGUGUUGGUAUAUAAUACUCUAAAUGCUCUUUAUUGAUUACAAAACAAACUUUUCUCACUCUACAUUCAUACCCCAAACAUACUAUACCAGAGUCCAAAGGUCAGAAUAGUCCCAAUGGUCAGUUGAGGUUCUUUCCAUCAGGAGAAGAUCAUAAGAUGCUGGGAGCCGGCAAAAACCACAUCCAUAUCCACCCGGGGCUCUGGAUCAAUAAACGAUUCCGAUUUACAGAAAGCAUAGGCAACCAUUUAUAGUGCAUUCUGUUGCAUCGGUUCUUUGCCUUUGUUUACUAGGCCUUCUACCCACACAAUUCCAAAGAGACAAUCCUGGGCUGGCCACCAUGAUCCAAGGCGUGUCAUUUCCUCCAAUUCUUAUACAAUUUUAUAUCAGUCCAGCUGGUUUUGUUUCCUUUUCUGAUGAUUUUCUGUAUUUUUCUCAGAACAUAAGAUUGUUUUUUUCACAAAUAGUUCUAAUAGUCCUUGACCUUAAGUUCUUGCUUCAGUUGCCAACUUUCAACGCACGUAUUCAUGUCAAGCACGCGUCAUUCAUACCAGGCCUCAAUGACCUAUAACAUAUUACAUGGUAUAUGAAUCACAAUGUGUGUGUGUGUGUACAUAUAUAUAUCCCAACACUUGUAUUUGGCUGUAUUGUUUGUUUGGUUUUCCUUGAAUGGUUAUUACCUGGCAAUAAAUAACUUUUAUGGUUAA